CCUGGCGUCUUUGUCCAAAAAACCUCCGCAAGAAAAUCUGCUGAUCUUUUCUGAGUCUUUUCCAUUUUUCUCCAAAUUUGUUUUAUUUGAUUUGGGUGAAAAAUGCCACGAGGAACUCUUGAAGUCCUCCUUGUUAAUGCUAAGGGCCUCGAGGACACUGAUUUUCUCAAUAAUAUGGAUCCCUAUGUGAUCAUCACCUGUCGCAGUCAGGAGCAGAAAAGCAGUGUUGCAUCAGGACAGGGAUCUCAACCAGAAUGGAACGAGACUUUCCAAUUUACCAUUUCUGACAGUGUCCCGGAAUUGGUAAUCAAGAUACUGGAUAGUGAUGCUGGUUCGGGGGAUGAUUUUGUGGGAGAGGCAAAAAUUCCUCUUGAGCCAGCAUUUAUUGAAGGAGCCAUCCCAACAACAACAUACAAUGUGGUUAAAGAUGAGGAAUUUAAAGGAGAAAUUCGAGUUGGCCUCACCUUCACUCCUGAGGAAGGGUAGGAGCGUGAUUCUUCUGCACAAGAGGAGAGCUAUGGUGGAUGGAAAGAAUCCUCGUAUUGAGGCUGAGCGGGGCUGUGGUUGGAGUUCAUUACACAACAGUUUCGUGAAGUUGCAUGAAGAUAAACCUUUGUAUUGGCUGAUUGUGUUUGUAUCGUUUGUCAAUGAGUGAUCAUGGAGGGCUCAUUAUUUUCAUCAGCAAAAAUGUAAUUUAUUGGUGGUUUUGGAUGAUAUGGUAUUUUCCAAGUUAAGCAUGCACUUUGUAUGUACGGUGUACAUCCAUAGGAAGAACCCAGGAAGACAUUGACCUAUUUAAAAC